CAGAGACACAUAACUGGCUCGGGUGUAGUUGUGACAGUCGUAGAUGAUGGCAUUGACCACAAAAACACUGACUUGAAGGGAAACUAUGACCCCCAAGCCAGCUUUGAUUUCAAUGACCAUUUUGACACAUUACAUGAUCCAAUUCCUAAUUCUUCAGACAAAUUGAAUGGACAUGGAACCAAAUGUGCAGGAGAAGUAGCGAUGCAGGCUAACAACAGUUUCUGUGGAGUUGGAAUCGCAUUCAAUGCAAGAAUUGGAGGUAUUCGGAUCUUGGAUGGCAAAGUGACUGAUGCUUUGGAAGCUGCAGCUCUCUCCUACAACAAUAACUACAUCGAUAUCUACACCUGCUGCUGGGGACCCAAUGACAAUGGAAUGGUGUUUGAUGGACCCAGAAACCUGACAACCAAAGCUCUGAAGGAAGGUGCAGAAAAGGGUCGCGGUGGCAAAGGAAAUAUUUUUAUCUGGGCCUCAGGAAAUGGCGGGCUGGCUAAUGAUCACUGUGGCACUGAUGGAUAUGUGAACAAUAUUUAUACAGUGGCAGUCGGAGCUGUCAGUAACCUUGGCCUCAGCCCCUUCUACUCGGAGGCUUGUGCAGCUGUUAUGGCUGUAGUUCCUACAGGAGGGUCAAGUGCCUAUUCAUAUUCUUUCCUAGAAGAUGAGAACUCUUUGGUGACAACUGAACUUGAUGGUAAAUGCACCAAUACCUUCAAAGGUACUUCGAGUGCCGCUCCAAUGGCAGCUGCUGUUAUUGCAUUGGUCCUUCAGGCCAACCCCGAUCUCACGUGGCGGGAUGUCCAGCACCUGAUAGUUAGAACCUGCAAAGUCUGCGAUCCCAUGGAUGAAGAUUGGAGCAUUAAUGGAGCUGGCUAUCAUGUCCACCACAAGUACGGUUUUGGGAUGCUUGAUGCUGGACGAUUAGUGAAGAAAGCUCUUCGAUGGACAAAUGUAGGACCUCAGAGACAAUGUGUGGUUGAUUUUCAUGCUGGUCAGACUCGAUCUAUUGCUAUUUCUACAGAACAUCCGCUGAUACUGAAUCUGACAACGGACGGGUGCACGGGAACCGAGAAUGAGGUUGACUCACUUGAGCACGUGCAGGUGACUGUCAGCCUGUCAAGCAUCUGCCGUGGUGAUCUGAGCAUCUUUCUCACCUCUCCAUAUGGUACUGUUUCCCAACUACUUGGAAUCCGUGAAGCAGAUAACAGCAAAGAAGGACUAACAAACUGGACUUUCACAACUGUGCAUUCCUGGGGAGAAGAUCCAAAAGGCACCUGGAAACUUACUGUGAAAGAUGAUUCCGUCUACACCUUUGGCUGCAGAAGACGCUAUUCUGAAACUACAGCUGGAUUUAUCACCCAGUUUAAACUGACGUUAUGGGGAACCUACAGGACAAAAUUCCCCAAAAAAGAAAAACUGAAGCACUCUGGUGUCCUGUACAACCGAUACAACCUGCAAGAAAGCCUCACAGAAUUCAUAGAAAACAGUCAAGUGAAUUUAGAACUAGCUGAAGCAUUUGUUUCUGAAAAUAUAAAGAGAGUAAAUGAAGCUGAUAUUCCUUCAGUGAAAACAAAGAAAAAGAAUGUUGAAGAGGAGAAGAGGGUUUGA